CCGCUGCAGUCCCGCUCCCGCCCUGCGCCGGCCAUGUCCGAGAUCCUGCCCUAUAGCGAGGACAAGAUGGGCCGCUUCGGCGCCGAUCCAGAGGCCUCCGACCUCUCCUUCAGCUGCCGCCUGCAGGACACCAACUCCUUCUUCGCGGGCAACCAGGCCAAACGACCCCCCAAGCUGGGCCAGAUCGGCCGAGCCAAGCGAGUGGUGAUCGAGGAUGACCGGAUAGACGACGUGCUGAAGGGGAUGGGGGAGAAGCCACCGUCCGGAGUGUAGACGCGCCGCUCAGGCGGCGGGCUCCGGGUCCAGCCCCGCAGC